GCUCCUUGCUACAGAAGACCUGGGACAGAGGACUGCUAUCUGUCCUCUCUGGUCGCCCUGCCUAGCUAGAGGAUCCGAGACUACUCAUCCCAUAACCUCAAAAACCUCUUCAUGACGAUGGUGACCCCAGCCAUAAGGACCCUCACCAUCCUUGCUGCCAUUCUGCUGGUGGCCCUGCAGGCCCAGGCUGAGCCACUCCAGGCAAGAGGUGACGAGGUUGCUGCAGCCCCAGAGCAGAUUACAGCAGACAACCCAGAAGUGGUUGUUUCCCUUGCAUGGGAUGAAAGCUUGGCUCCAAAGGAUUCAGGCUCAAGGAAAAACAUGGCCUGCGCUUGCAGAAUACCACUGUGCCUGGCAGGAGAACGUCGCUAUGGAACCUGCUUCUACCUGGGAAGAGUCUGGGCAUUCUGCUGCUGAGCUUGCAGAAAAAAGAAAAAUGAGCUCAAAAUUGGCUUUGAGAGCUAUAGGGAAUUGCUAUUACUCAUAUACCUUCUGCUCAAUUUCCUUUCCUCAUCCCAAAUAAAUGCCUUGUCACAAGA